AUUCUCAGACACUGAAGAAGAAGAACCCUAAAGCGUUUUCUUCAAUCGUCUGUCUCUGGGGUUUAUCGAAGUCGACGUCUAUUUCUGACUCCGCCGUUUCAGAAUGGCUAGAUGGGAUCAGAUUUUCUCCUUACCUGUGCAAAAUCCUACUUUGCCAGAAUUUUCUUCUGCUGAUCUUGUUUGGUCAAAGGUUGAAGGUUACCGGGACAAUAUAGAUAGGUUAGCCCUCAUCCCGUAUACUAGGGUGGAUGAUUUUGUAAGAGGCGAAUCCUCGAAUAAAGAUUGUCCCACGAGUUUCCAUGUCGAAGCUAGAAGAAGGAAAGCCAAAGGGAAAAAAUAUAAGCCAAAGGUUGAUGGCAUCCUGGAGUAUAUUCUGUAUUGGUGUUCCUUUGGACCAGAUGACAAUAGAAAAGGCGGAGCUGUUCGGCCAAGUAGGAGCACAUAUGUUCCAAAAAAGAACAAUGCAGGCCGACCCAAUUCCAAGAGAGGUUGCAGGUGUCACUUCAUUGUGAAACGCUUAAUUGCAGAGCCAACAGUGGCUUUAGUAAUUUAUAAUAAUGACAAGCAUGUAGAUGAAAAAGGGUUGCCCUGCCACGGUCCACAAGACAAAAAAGCGGCUGGAACAAGAGCUAUGUUUGCUCCAUAUAUAUCAGAAGACCUUAGGCUACGUGUAUUAUCUUUGCUCUAUGUGGGUGUCUCUGUGGAGACCAUAAUGCAAAGGCAUAAUGAAUCAGUCGAAAAACAAGGGGGUCCAACUAACCGAGAUGAUUUGUUAACUCAUAGAUAUGUUCGAAGACUUGAGAGGAGUAUUCGACGUUCAACAUAUGAGCUCAAUGAGGAUGAUGAUGUCAGCACCAGCAUGUGGGUUGAAAAUCAUCAGAGUCAGGUGUUUUUCUUUGAGGGGUUUUCUGACACCGACCCUUUUUCCUUGGGUAUCCAAACUGAGUGGCAGUUGCAACAAAUGAUUCGAUUUGGAAACUGUAGACUUUUGGCUUCAGACUCGAGGUUUGGAACAAAUAAACUAAAGUAUCCCAUUCAUAGUCUUGUUGUAUUCGACUCUGAGAAUAAGGCUAUUCCAGUUGCUUGGAUAAUUGCACCACGGUUUUCCAGUGGAGAUGCAUAUAGAUGGAUGAGAGCUCUUUGUAACCGAGUCCAUGCCAAGGAUCCCUCCUGGAAGGUGGCUGGGUUCAUAGUUGAUGAUCCUUUUGCUGACGUAACAACGAUCAGGGAUGUAUUUCAGUGUCCUGUCUUGUUUUCCUUUUGGCGCGUUCGCCAUGCAUGGCAGAAGAACAUAUUCAAGAGAUGUCCAGAAACAGAGACACGCGUUGAGAUUUCAAGACAUCUUGGGCAGGCUGUAGAUAAAAUCUGUAGAAGACAAGGAACAGCCACAUUGUUUGACAGUUUUGUGGGGGAUUUUGUUGGUAGUCCAGAAUUUGUAGAGUACUUCAGAGCUGUUUGGUCUCCCAGAAUAGGAGCUUGGACAAGUGCGUUACAAUCUCUUCCCUUGGCAAGCCAAGAGACAUGUGCAGCAAUGGAGCUUUACCACUAUCAGCUGAAGUGCAGGCUUUUGAAUGAGAGGGACUCUGAAGCUUAUCAACGUGCUGAUUGGUUGGUCGAUAAGUUAGGGACAAAAGUACAUUCUUACUUCUGGCUUGAUGAGUAUUCUGGAAAAGAUAAUUUUGCCAGGUAUUGGAAAGAGGAAUGGGUGAGCGGGUUGACUUCCUUCCGCAAAGCAAUGAGUAUACCAGAUUCUGAUGUUGUUUUAUCUGGUAUGUCUGCAAAAAUAACAGAUGAGUGUGAAGGCAACAAAAUUCAUGUUGUGUGGAAUCCAGGGUCACAGUUUGGGGUUUGCAGCUGCAGCUGGGCAGAAAAGGGAUACAUAUGUAAGCACAUGAUCAAACUUACACAACAAUGUCUUGGAAACAGAGCUUCUAUGCAAUCCGCGAGCCUUCUACAGUAUUAUCAGACCUUGAUUGAUCUGCUACGUUGCCCACCUCGCGAUUCCUUGUUUCGUGAUUAUGCAAUUUCAUUAGCCGUCUCUGUGGAAAAGCAAAUAAAUGCACCCGUCAAUCUGCAAAAGAGUGAUGCUAAUGAAGGUAACUUGCAGAAAGAAAUUGCUUUCAGUGAACCAUCUAAUGGAAAAUCUCUUGAUGAAUAUGAUUUGCUAGAUAAACAUGAGGGUCAUGGCGGAGUUGCUACUGAUUUAGAUGGUGAGUUGAGUAAAUUGCCAAUGAGUUGUCUAAGGGCCUGCUCAGAAAAUGCAGAAGAAGUUAUUUUGGGUUCUGAAAUGGAAAUCGAACCUUCACUAUGUUCAUCCAAAGCUGCUGUAGAGAAUGUUACCUCAACUACACCGAAUGAGACAGACAGUGUGAACGAGAAUUGUGAAAGAGGUGCCAAAAGGUUGAAAAUUUGGGCACCCGAGCAAGGGAGUGUAUGAAUGAUCGUAAAUGAGCCGAGAACUUAGCGAGAAUUUCAAGAUUUGAAUGAGCAACCUAAUGUUGGGCAGACACAAACUGAUGAGCAACAUUUACCGGGUCUUAGGAUACUUGAUUCCAGUGACCACCCACUUAUGAUGAAGAGUCUGUUGUGUUGACGUUGUAUCUUCCAUACAACGUGAAUGAGUGAUCCAAGAACGCUUACAUUCAUCUGAAAGCAACAGCAGCUGAGUGUCUUGUACUCAAGUCAGCUCUGCUGAAUAGGUUAUGAAAGUGUAUUAUUCAAACCAAUAGACUUGUUGAAUAGAUUAUGAAAGCCACUAAAUGAGUCUCUCUGUCAACUUUGAUAAUUAUGAUUUGUGUACAAAAGUGUGAAAUCAAUCACGUACUAAAAGCAGUGUAAAGCAAAAUGUAUUGCUUAACAAAUCAAGUGAUGUAGAUCAUUUAUUUAUAAGAGAAUAUGUGUAUAAAUUUAUAGAUGUAA